GUCGGCCAGGUGCAGUUUGCUUUCAUCUACACCAGCAGAAGGUUCCGAAGGUUUUCCAUUAUGAAGCUAAUGAUCCUCGUGUUUGUGUUUGCCGCCUUUGUGGCCAGUGCCUUGGCCCUGAAAAACGAAAUCUGCGGUCUGCCACAUUCCCGCAACGGAAAUGGCAAAAUCUCCUGCGAGGCCUACAUCCCCAGUUGGUCCUACGAUGCCGGCAACAACCAGUGCGUCAAGUUCAUCUACGGAGGCUGCGGGGGCAACGACAACCGAUUUAAUUCCAAGGAAAAUUGCGAAGAAAAGUGCUUGCAAUAAAGUUGAUUAAAAAGAAAUUUGCAAAAAAAAAA